AAUCGCUGCUCAGAAUCAAACAUCAUGGCGACCUCAACAAAUUCUCCCCACUUCAAACCCUUCGACGUCGUCACGGCCUACCACCAACUCCUCAACGACGACCCCGACCUCACCAUGCCCGUAGCAGCAAUCGAAGCCCUCAUCCUCGGACUCGCCAACACGCCCGCAACCACCGUCUCCGAAACCCUCGACUCCGUCUCCAAACUCACCCUCCAACUCAAACGCAGCGUCCCUAAUUCCAUCUCACUCUCCGCGGGGACGGACAUUUUCCAACAAUACCUCAUCACUUCACUCCAGCGACCGGGCGGUGGAUCGGGAGACUUUGAACAGAUUCGCAGUCAUCUCGUGCAGAAUGGGAAAUUGUUUGUUGAGCGGGCGAAAGCGGCGAGGGAGACGAUCGCAGGAUUUGGAAGGCAGUUUGUGAGGGAUGGAAAUACAGUGUUGACGAAUGGCGGGUCAAGAGUGGUGGGUGCUCUGCUGAGGAGUGCGGCGGAGUCGAGUAAUGGUACGGGAAGGGGAAGUAUACGGUUCCGGGUGAUUUAUGUGGUGUCUGGGGAUGGGAAAGAUACGGAGGCAGAGGACAAUAUUGCGGCGUUGAGGGAGAGGGAUAUUCCCGUUGCGACGAUCCCAUCAACGGCGAUUGCGUAUUGUUUGGAUCAGGUCACGCAGUGUUUUGUGGGAGCAGAGGGUGUGGUGGAAAAUGGAGGGAUUGUGAGCAGGUUGGGAACAUAUCAGUUGGCGAUGCUAGCAAAGGCGGCGGGAAAACCAUUCUACGUGGUGUCAGAGACGCACAAAUUUGUACGGUUAUACCCACUGGGACAGCAAGAUCUCGGGAUCCAACAACGAAUCGUGGAGUUCAAAACAUCGAAAGGGAGUGAGACGCAAGAGACGAAGUCCGCCAGCCAAGAUGAAGGAGUCGCGGACCUGGAAGAGCCAGCAGAGAAGAGUUCGAGCUGGCGGCCGGAAGAUGCUGUUGACUACACACCUCCCAAUUUGAUCAACGGGAUUAUCACGGAGUCCGGCGUGUUACUUCCGAGUGCGGUGUCAGAAGCAUUGAUCCAAGUGUGGUUCUAG